AUGCUCGCGGCCGCGCCGUUCUCGCUGGCCACCGUCUUCACCCCUGACAGCAUGGCGCACGACGGCUUCGUGCUGCACUCGCGCCUCGUCCUGCAGCUCGACUGCCUCGUCACCUUUGGCGCCUCGUUCCUGUGGCUCGCGGUCUACGCCUGCGUCGACUUGAGCCGUGCCGGGGCUGCCGAGGGCCGCGGCUGGCUCUUCGCGGUGGCAGUCUUACCGGUCUUCCUAGCUUGCGCGGGCCCGGGCACUGCGGUGGUGGUUGCCUGGUUCUCGAACGGUAGCCCUGCACAAACAAGGAAGUAA